GGCGUCGGUAGUUCCAGUGGGUUGUGAGGUCGAAGGUCUUAGGUUAAAAAUAUGUCGGAAGACGGAGCGGACAUGGAUAUUGAUAAUCAAAGUGAAGACGGAGAAAUCAAGAAAAGUCCAUCGAAAGAUAUGGAUGACUUCAGUUUUUCAGAAGAAGAUGGCGGAGAUACAGCUGAUUCUUUGGAUAUAAAACCACCACAGGCCGUAAUUCGGCAUAGAAAAUCAGGAUCUUCUCAUAGAAGAGAAAAACACAAUGAAAGAAGGGAUCGUCGCGAGGAAAAAGAACGCAAGUCGCGUCAUCAUGAUCGUGCAGAAGAUAGACAUAGGGACAAACAUAGACAUCGUAGACAUGGUAUGGAUCCAUUGGACAGAUCAGAGAGAUCAGAAGGUUCUAAAAGAGAAAGAGAAAGAAUGGAACGAUUAGAGAGAAUGGAGAGCCAUUCUAGGGAUAGAGAAUCAAGACAUGAGAGAAAGGAACGUUCUACAGGUGAUAGAGUAUUAGAAGAUUUAAGGGAAAGAUUGUUGGAUAAGAGAAGAGAAAGAAGAGAGGAUCCUCGUGAAUUACGUGAAUAUAAAGUUGAAUCUCGACGAGAAAUACGCUUAGAGGAUUCUCGUGAAAUUCGUGAUUCUCGAGAUCGCCGAGAAGUACGAAUAGAAGAGAUACGUGAACGUCGUGAUAUGCGAGCUAUCGAUGAUGGAGGUAGUCGCCGUGAUAUUCGAAUGGAAGAACGCAGGCAAAUUCGAGUUUUAGAAGAGCAAUAUUCUGAAGCAGAUUUGAUGGAAAGAACUGAGAGGAGUGAGAAGCGACACAAGAGGUCUCAUAAACAUGAUAGGUUCCGUGACAGAGAAAGAGAAAAAAUUGAACGAGAGAAAGAACAUAGAGAGAAACAAUUACGAGAAGCAAUGGAAAUUGUGAAUACAGAGAUAGAAGUCGAUGAAAUGGAGGUCAAUGAAAUUCAAAUACAUCCAAAAGAACCAAAGGAAAUGACAGAGCAAGAACUUAGAAAAGAAAGAUUAUUGGAAGCAGAUAGAGAAAUGGCUAGAAGAAAAGAAGUUUCACGUCUAGAAUUAGAAGCUAGACGAUUGAAACGAGGUGAAAAGCGACCAUUAAGUCCUGAAACUUGUCAAGACCCAUCUAUCGUUGAGUUAUCAGAUGAAAGUCCUAGUCCAGCGCAAUCCGAUGAAGGACGUUCAAAGUCGGUCGAAUCCAGGCAUUCUUCGGACGGACAAAGAAGUAUACACGAGAGAUCAUCAGACAGACAUUCUUCUGAUUCUUCAGAUUCUAGUAGCGACGAGGACGAUGAGUCAAAUGAAUCAAACAAGGGUUCUAACGGUGAUUCUAACGAUGGAUCUGAUUAUAAUAAUCCGAGUCCAUUGUCUGUAGAACGUUUAGCAAAGUCUGAUCAUUCUGACGGAGAUUCACCUGGUCAUGUGGAUCCGAAUGGUACUGCCAAGAAUGCAGAGGAAGAAGAGGAAGAGGAGGAAAAGAAAAAUGAAGAACCUGAAUUACCUCCAUAUUUACCGGCCAUUCAAGGUUGUAGAAGCGUUGAGGAAUUUCAAUGCUUAAAUCGUAUAGAAGAAGGUACGUAUGGUGUUGUAUACAGAGCACGCGAUAAACGAACAGAUGAAAUCGUUGCAUUAAAAAGAUUAAAAAUGGAGAAAGAAAAGGAAGGAUUUCCUAUUACCAGUUUAAGAGAAAUUAAUACUCUGUUAAAGGCACAGCAUCCUAAUAUCGUAACUGUGCGAGAAAUAGUUGUUGGUAGUAACAUGGAUAAGAUAUUUAUAGUUAUGGAUUAUGUAGAGCACGAUCUAAAGUCAUUGAUAGAAACAAUAAAGCAGAAGAAACAAGUUUUUAUACCUGGUGAGGUAAAGUGUCUUAUGGAACAAUUAUUACGUGCGGUAGCACACUUACAUGAUAAUUGGAUUCUUCAUCGAGAUUUAAAAACAUCAAAUUUAUUAUUAAGUCAUCGAGGUAUUCUAAAAGUUGGCGAUUUUGGUUUAGCUCGUGAAUAUGGUUCUCCAUUGCGACAAUACACACCAGUUGUAGUGACACUUUGGUAUAGAGCACCAGAAUUAUUGUUAGGUGGCAAUGAGUAUAGUACACCCAUUGAUAUGUGGUCCGUAGGAUGUAUUUUUGCGGAAUUACUCAGGAUGGAAGCUCUCUUUUCAGGAAAAUCGGAAAUUGAUCAAUUGAAUAAGAUAUUUAAGGAAUUGGGUACACCAAGUGAUCGUAUUUGGCCAGGAUAUAGUAAAUUACCAAUGGUUCAAAAAAUUCCAUUUGCUCAUUAUCCUGUAAAUAAUUUAAAACAAAGAUUUAGUUUGUCUCUUUCGGAUCUAGGGAUUGAAUUAUUAAACAAAUUUUUAACAUACGAUCCACAACAACGGAUAACAGCCGAGGAUGCAUUGAAACACCCCUAUUUCACGGAAGCACCCUUACCAAUCGCACCAGAAAUGUUUCCCACUUGGCCUGCUAAAUCAGAAUUAGGGCAAAGAACAGCAAAUGCAUCACCCAAACCACCUAGUGGUGGAAAAGAAUACAAACAGUUGGGAGAUGGUGACGAUGCUGAUCUAAGUAAUUCAGGCUUUCACAUGGGAUUGAUGGAUGGUGGAAGACAACCACCUGUUGGAGGUGGUUUCCAUUUAAAGUUCUAACAAUUCUGACGAAUCUUUCGUUGAUAAGAAAAUAAAUAUAAUUUCUUGAUAUAUACAUAUAUAUAUAUAUAUACACACACACACACACAUAUAUAUAUAUAUAUAUAUAUAUAUAUAUAUAUCUACAAGUAAAUUCGUCAAGAUAUUGGAGGGUAAUUUAUAAAAAAAGAAGAGUUUUUUACAUAAUGGCGCAAUAGACAAUGCUAUGUCUAUCUAUGGUCUCGACGAUUCAAAAAUGAUUAUUUUCAUAUAGUUGUGUAACAACAUGGGUAACAACAUAUACAUUUAAGACUUCUGUUUACUGCAAGCAUUGUUCAUAUUUUUUGGAAGACCCAGUAAAGUAUUGAUAAUCUCGGAGUUACGUUUUGGAUAGCAAAGCCGUGGCGAUGCCAUUAACAAUCUAGCAAGUUGCAGUUCAUUGUCCUGCGAGAAAAAAGUCAAUUUUAAGUAUUAUUUUUUAUUAAGAGAUACAAUUUUAUAGUUCAUUCUCCUAUUCAUAGAUCAUGUUUAUGCAUUGUUCCUUAAUAUCAGUAAUUUAAAUUUAUAUUAAAAAACUGAUACUCUGACAUAAUUUGUUAAUUAAUUAAAUAUAUAAAAAAAAAAAGAUUUUACCAAUCCUCUUCCAUAAGGAACGUUCAUCGAGAAGACAUUCCUUUCUGUAUCAUCCAUGGUGGCAAAUAUCUGAUAGAUAAUUCCAAUCAUAAGAAUGAGAAUAUAUAAGAACUUCAUGAUGAUCUUGGGUUUGAUCCUUCUACGGAAAGAAACAGCAAGAAUUUGUAAAUGUACAUACAUAGGAUAAACGAGGAUCUUUCGCAAAAUUUUUACUUCUUUUUUAACACUUUAUAAUGCGGGAAAAUCCCGUUUUUACUUCAUUCGUAUUUUUUAAUGUCAGGACAAUUUUAGAUUCAUAAAACUUUUUAAAUUAAAUGCGACAUCAAAUUUUAUAUGAUUUUUAUUUGGUGUCAAGUUUACUGUAUCUCAACAACUGUAUAUCAUUAAAAAUAAUUCCAUGGCACGUAAAUCAAUAUACGAAAAAUUAUACCGUAUGUAAGGUGUUAAUUAGUUAAAAAAAAAAAAGAUAUGAAAACAAUAAUCUUCUAGGUAAUAUUAAUUAAUUAAAUCAAAUGAUUUUAAUAAUUCAAAAGUUUCUCAGGAUAAUACUUUAGAGACUUGAUAUAAAAUGUUAAAAUUGAUCCUUACCUUUCUAUGUUCCUAGAAAUUUAGAAUUGUUUCGAGUAUACUGCCGAAGAAGUAAGAAGACAAUGUUAUCGUUUCUCGGAAAACAUGCUUCUUUUAUACUAAACUGAUUUACUCAAGCUGCAUUGAAUUGUCUCUGUUUGUGACAGCCGGCUGCU